ACAUCAACCUAAAUCCCGUAUCUGCUGGUGUGGACCAAUAGCACAGCUUCACAGUUCUCAGCAUCACCAACCAAAGGAGACAUCCAACAUCCCCAGACCACUGGAGCGCCUACAGAGACCUCCGACAAGACGCGAAGAUUGUUUUGUUUAAUUAAAAGCCUAUUGUUCUAUUGGAAUUUAGGCAUUUUCCUGACAAUCUUGAUAUUCAAUCUUUUUCUUGGGGUGCCUGGUUUUGCAUCUCCUUGAUGCGCAGUUUAUGAAGGAUAAACCCAGACAGCCAUUACUGCGGCUCUUGUUUUGCCAAAGCAUCGUGGAGGAGAGCAGAUUCCUGCUUUGCAGUGACACAGCUCUCAUCUAUCCCGACAUCAUUCUUCUUUAAAUAGAGCACCAACCUAAAUUUGGAUGUCUAACACAGAUUGAACUAGUCUCAGGAAGCAGUGGGGCUCCAGUUUGGCGCCUUCUUUAGCUGACCCCUAACCUUGAGAUUCUGUUAACCCGCUCCUGGCAUCAUGGGAACCGUGCUAUCGCUUUCACCCAGCUACCGGAAGGCCGCCCUGUUUGAGGAUGGCCCGGCCACCGUGGGCCACUACACGGCGGUUCAGAACAGCAAGAACGCCAAAGACAAGAACCUAAAGCGCCACCCGCUCAUCAACGUACUCCCGUGGAAACGAAUAGUAGCCGUCUCUGCCAAGAAAAAGGGGUCUAAGAAGGUGCAGCCUAAUGGCGGCUACCAGAACAAUGUUUCUCACCUCAACAAUGAGAACCUCAAGAAGUCACAGUCUUGUGCAAAUCUCUCUUCCUUUACACAGGACCAGUCGAGUCCAUCAAACCAAGGCUCUAAAAACUCCAACAACACAGCUUCGUCGGUCAAGAAAGCACCUCUUUCUAACUCCAACGCUGUUCCCGGGACACCCAAGAGGGUGAUCGUCCAAGCCUCAACCAGUGAGUUGCUGCGCUGUUUGGGAGAGUUCCUCUGCCGGAGGUGCUACCGACUCAAGCACCUUUCUCCCACCGACCCCGUGCUGUGGCUCCGUAGCGUGGAUCGUUCUCUGCUGCUCCAGGGAUGGCAGGAUCAGGGCUUCAUCACUCCAGCCAACGUGGUUUUUGUCUACAUGCUCUGCCGCGACGUGGUCUCCUCCGAAGUGGCUACUGAGCACGAGCUGCAGGCCGUGCUGCUGACCUGCCUCUACCUGUCUUACUCUUACAUGGGCAAUGAGAUCUCAUACCCCCUCAAGCCAUUUCUGGUGGAGACCUCCAAGGAGACAUUCUGGGACCGUUGCCUGUCCAUCAUCAACUUGAUGAGCGCCAAGAUGCUGCAGAUCAACUCGGAUCCUCACUAUUUCACCCAGGUCUUUGCAGACCUCAAAAACGAGAGCCAGAAGGAGGAGGAGAGGAGUCGUCUGCUCAUCGGCCUGGACCGGUGAGGGGGCUCUGGAGACGUCUUUGGUGGCACUCUCGUCUGGCAUUUUUUUAAGGGAUAGUUCAUUUAAAAAUGAACAUUUUGAGAAAUCGAUCGUGUUGUUUCAAACAGGUAUGCCCUUGAUUCUUCUGUGGAAAAAUGUCUCAGUUUCUUAGUCCAAAAACAAUGGGGUCCAGCAGGGUUGUUUUGGACUCCAUUGACUCUCAUUGUAAGCUCUUAAAAGAGGGGAUUUUCGCAGAGAUACCAUAGUAGAACUAUUUUUGGUUCCCAAACAACCUUUCAGUUCUUGAAGAACCAUUUAAUUACUUUUUUCCUUUAUUAUGACAGGACAGUGAAGAACCAACAGAAAGCAAAGGAUUUAAAUCCUCAAGCUGGGAUUCGAACUCGGGACACCCAAUGACACUAUAUGUGACCCUGGACCACAAAACCAGUCAUAAGUGACAGAAAUUGAGAUUUAUACUUCAGAAUAAAGCAGAAUAAAUAAACUUUCCAUUGAUUUGUUAGGAUAGGACAAUAUUUGGACAAGAUACAACUAUUUGAAAAUCUGGAAUCUGAAGGUGCAAAAAAAUCAAAACAUUGAGAAAAUCACCUUUAAAGUUGUCCAAAUGAAGUUCUUAGCAAUGCAUAUUGCAAAUCGAAAAUUAAGUUUUGAUAUAUUUAGGGUAGGAAAUUUACAAAAUAUCUUAAUGAAACAUUAUCUUUACUUUAUAUCCUAAUGAUUUUUGGCAUAAAAGAAAUAUUGAAUAUUUUGACCCAUACAAUGCAUUAUUAGCUACUGCUACAAAUAUACCCAUGCUACUUAAAACUGGUUUUGUGGCCCAGAGUCACAUAUGUUGGCACACUUGCCCACAAAGCUAUUGGCACCAACAAGAACCAUUUUUAUUAGUGCGAAGAACAUUUUAAACAUUUUACUCUUGACCUAUUGAACUCUUUCCCACUAUAAAGAACUUUUUGUAGAAUGGAAAUGUUCUAAAGUUCUUCACACCAGAAUAGAAACCAAAAAAGUGAAAGCAGUAUCUUCUUUUGUCGUUUUUGGGUGAACUAUCCUUUUAAGUAGCUCCUACAUGAGUGGAAUAAAUUCAUCAAUUUUAUAGGAAGCAAUGGGUGAUGCUAAUGUUGUUCAAAAAGAGUAGUGAGUCUUUCAUUACCAUUAGCAAUGGGAAUUUUGGACCUGAAUACAAAGAAAUGCCAGACUUGAGUGGACCAAAUGCUCUGAAGUAGUGAAUAUUUAAAAGCACUGACAGAAAAGACUUCAAAAGACACAACGAGACAAAACGAACAACACAACUUUGAAUGUGGACAGGAAUCCAGCUGUUGUCUAGCUGACUUCUGGACACUUUGCACCAAGAUCCUUGCCACCACUGUCAAUCGAAAUGGAGACUGAUUCAUAAUCAACAGACACUUGUUCUCCCGUGUCCACGAAACUGGACACUUGCUGAAUGCUAAACACCUUGCUUGUUACAGCCAAUCGCAAAAAGGGAAGAGGGGCGCCAGGUUGAGCGUGUUUAUGUUCGCAAGCCACAAACAAAGAAUAAAGGGAAAGACUCUGAGGCCAGCAUUGCACAGUGGCUGUUGAUGUAGAUGGUGAAAGGAGCACAUUUGUAAGAAAGACCUACUUUAUUUUCAUCCAUGAUACAGAAUCUCUCCUGUGUGGUUUACGUCUCGGAAGCUUUUUCAUUUUUUAAAACAGCUGAAUGCACACACAAGCUAUAUGGCGUAAACUACUUGGAGUUUUUUGUUGUUUUGUUUUAAGCCGACUGCAUAUGUGUUUAGGGAAUGAAAUAUGAAAAAACAACUUCAAAUAGUUUAUCUUGCUAUGCCUGCUUCAAUGAGCCAUUUUGUCAUUUUGUUUUGUACUCAGACUAGUUUCAACAGGGGGCUCUGUACAGAAAAGCCUGUAAAUGUAUCAAAAACAGUGCCAUACCUUUGAUGAAAAUCACGUAGGUCUAAACAUACCAAAGGCCGGCAAACUUUGGAAUGGUAGGAUUGUCAUUAAUAACAAGUCUAUCUAUCGGAAUCGUAAUUUAUUGUUAUUUAUUAAUUAUUUUCACACAUUUCUCUCUUGCAUUUAGAGAUUUUAGUAGCGUGUUGUAAAAAAAAAAAACAGUGCAGCGUUUAGAUCGAUGGCUACCUUUUGGUGGGAAUGAAGAUUACGGUUAAUGCACAUUUGCAUCGAAUGAAUUAUUCAAGGCGAGAGCG